UGAUGAAGUACACGGUGGCAAAAUGUCUCUGUACUAAGGAGCUUUCGCCAACGACAGAGAUAUGUAAACAAAAGGACGAUUUUUAAGAUUUUGGCCAACAGGAUUUAUGCAAGAUCUACAGAAAUGGGAAAGCGAGAUAACAGAGUGGCUUACGUGAACCCGAUAGCAGCUGCCAGAGCCCGAGGACCUGCACCCAGCUCCGGCACCACCAUUCAGGAUUAUCUCAGCAGACCAAGGCCAUCAUGGGAGGAGGUAAAGGAACAACUGGAAAAGAAAAAGAAGGGCUCCAGAGCCCUGGCUGAUUUUGAGGACAAAAUGAAUGAGAGAUGGAAGAAGGAAUUGGAGAAAAACAGAGAGAAAGUACUUGGUGGAGGUGACAAGAAAGAAAAGGAGAAGGACAAGAAAGAGAAAAAGAAGAAGGAGAGGAAAAAGUCCAGCAGGCAUUCCUCAUUUUCCUCUUCCUCAUCGAGUUCUGAUUCCUCCUCCAGUUCCUCCUCAGAAUCUGAAGAUGAUGACGAGAAGAAAAACAUGAAAAAAAAGAAAAAAAGGAGAAAAUCCUCCAGAAAAGCAUCUGAUGAGUCUGACUCGGAGUCAGAAACAGAUAGCAGGGAGUCAUCCAAGAAAAAGAGAAAGAAACUCCGGGAGGAUGGAGAGAAAGAAAAGGAUGAAAAAGACAGUCGAAGGAAGAGGAAAGCUGAGAGGAGUCACACUGAGUCCUCAGAUGAACCCUCAGAUACAGAUAGAGAUGCUGAGUCCAAAAAGAAGAAACCCAGUAGUGAAGAAAAGGAGACAAUUACAGACAAGUCCAAGAAGAAAAAGAAAAAGAAGAAGCAUAAGAAACAGAGCAAAAAGAAAAAGAAGACCUCUGGAUCCGAGCUGGACUAAAGGGCUUGUGUGGGUUUCUAUGCACCAGGCAGCUGGAAUACCGAGUGGGAAUGGAGACGGAACUUUUCCCAGACUGUGGGGAAAAUCCAUUAGAUAUCUGUACAAGUAACUCUUAAAACGUGUGCUGCUUAGAACCGUGUGGCUUUGUGUCCAAUUUGGAUGAGAGGAUCAUGUGGAGGGGUGGGGGGAGAAGGGUUCAUUAUGGCAGGUUUGUGUGUUUGUUUUUUUUUUAAGCAGAUGAUUCUCAGUCCAAAUAAAGGUCAUUGACACCACUGGUGGCCCUGUGUGGUACAGUAUGUUUGUACUGAUGUGGAGCAGCUGCAUGAGAAAUGCUGGUUUACAGGUUGCAAAGGUUGUUGAUACGCAUGGAAUAUUUUUAGAAAAUGGUUGCUUUUGAUAAAGCUGACAAAGAUUUUCUGUCUGAUGUCUGACUGCACUAAAGAUGUAAUUUUACUCGUUGAAUUCCUGCUUUUACUUGACAAAUCACAUUAAAUAUCCAUUGCUAAAAUACAGCAAGUCUUUAUCAGAACAUUACAGAAUGGGGAAAAUAAAAUCUUAAAAGAAUAUUCCAGGUUCAAUACUAGUUAAGCUCAAUUGACAGCAUUUGUGGCAUAAUAUUGAUUACCACAAACAUUUAUUAUGUCUCGUCCCUCCUUUCUUUUAAAAAAGCAAAUAUCAUGUUUUCAGUGAGGCACUUAUAAUGGAUGUGAAUGUGGGGCAAUUUCUGAACGUUAAAAUACUCACUGUUUGAAAAGUAUAGCCACAAGACAUAAAGGAUAUGCAUGUAAACAUGAUUUUUGUGUGAUAAAGUCAUUUACUAACCUUUUCUGUGUGAAGUCAUAGCCAAUUGUACAACUUCGUUACCAUCAGGACCGUAACCACCAUGUACAUUGGUAUAUUCAUAAUAGUGGUCUAUUGAUAUAUAUAUAUAUAUUGUUUUUCCAUGGUUCAUUAUUAUAUUUGGUCCCCCCAAUCCUGAAUAUGUGGUUACAUCCUUGGUUACCAUGACGAUGUAAUGUGACCAAAAAUUACAAUUUAAACCACUUUACAACUCAUAUAAUACACACGUUUUUAUUAAAGUUAUUUUAUAAAAUUAUAAACAGCACAUUUCUGUGUUUAAAGCCUCCAAAAAUUGGCCACGAGUCGAAAUACAUUUUUGUGGUAAUCAACAUUAUGGCACAAAUGCUGUCGACUGAGCUUAACUUGUAUUGAACCCAGAGUAUUCUUUAAAUAGUUGAAUGGAAAGUUAUAUAUCACUAGCAGAAAAUGUAUUUUUUUGUGCCCUGAACAACACAUUAUGUGUAAUGUGUAAAGUAGACUUAAUUAACUGCCUUCACUUAAUUGCAUGCAUCUUGCUUUCUUUUCAUAGCUCUAAUGUUCAUAAAACAAAUGAU